AUGGCCGAAGUCGGCGAGGACAGCGGCGCCCGCGCCCUGCUGGCGCUGCGCUCGGCUCCCUGCAGCCCCGUGCUAUGCACCUUCCGGUUCCCGAGCACGGCCAUCAAGAUCCAGUUCACUUCCUUGUACCACAAGGAGGAGGCCCCCACAUCGCCGCUGCGGCCACUGUACCCACAGAUCUCCCCACUGAAGAUCCACAUUCCGGAGCCGGACCUCCGGAGCCUGGUCAGCCCCAUCCCUUCCCCGACCGGCACCAUCAGUGUCCCCAACUCCUGCCCAGCCAGUCCUCGAGGAGCUGGGUCUUCCGGGUACCGCUUCGUGCAGAACGUGACCUCAGACCUGCAGCUGGCCGCGGAGUUUGCAGCGAAGGCCGCCUCUGAGCAGCAGGCGGACACAUCUGGCGGGGACAGCCCCAAGGAUGAGUCGAAGCCGCCGUACUCCUACGCGCAGCUGAUCGUGCAGGCCAUCUCCUCGGCCCAGGACAGGCAGCUGACACUAAGCGGCAUCUACGCCCACAUCACCAAACAUUACCCAUACUACAGGACCGCCGACAAGGGCUGGCAGAACUCUAUCCGACACAACCUCUCUCUUAACCGCUACUUUAUCAAAGUCCCUCGGUCCCAGGAGGAGCCUGGGAAGGGCUCUUUUUGGCGAAUAGACCCUGCCUCUGAAGCCAAGCUUGUGGAACAAGCAUUCCGAAAGCGGAGACAGAGAGGUGUCUCCUGCUUCCGCACCCCCUUCGGGCCUCUGUCCUCACGGAGUGCCCCAGCCUCCCCCACCCACCCUGGACUGAUGUCCCCUCGUUCCAGUGGCCUGCAGACCCCAGAGUGCCUGUCUCGGGAGGGCUCCCCCAUUCCACAUGACCCUGACCUGGGGUCGAAGCUAGCCUCUGUUCCCGAGUACCGCUAUUCCCAGAGCGCCCCAGGCUCCCCAGUCAGCGCCCAGCCGGUGAUCAUGGCUGUCCCUCCCCGACCUUCCAACUUGGUGGCUAAGCCUGUCGCCUACAUGCCAGCUUCCAUAGUGACCUCCCAGCAGCCCUCCGGCCACGCCAUCCAUGUGGUGCAGCAGGCCCCCACCGUCACCAUGGUGAGGGUGGUUACCACCUCUGCCAGCUCAGCCAACGGGUACAUCCUGGCUAGCCAGGGCUCAGCCGGGGCCUCCCACGACACAGCAGGCACAGCCGUGUUGGACCUGGGCAGUGAGGCCAGAGGUUUGGAAGAGAAGCCCACCAUAGCAUUUGCCACAAUCCCCGCAGCCAGCCGAGUGAUCCAGACGGUCGCCAGCCAGAUGGCCCCUGGAGUCCCCGGACACACAGUCACCAUCCUACAGCCGGCUACCCCAGUGACCAUCGGGCAGCACCACCUUCCGGUCCGGGCUGUCACUCAGAACGGAAAGCAUACCGUGCCCACGAAUAACUUGACUGGCAACGCUUACGCCCUCACCAGCCCCCUGCAGCUCCUGGCGGCCCAGGCGAGUUCGUCCACGCCGGUGGUCAUCGCCCGGGUAUGCGAGGUAGGGCCCGAGGAGCCAGCAGCAGCCGUCUCGGUGGCAGCCGCUGCCACACCGACCCCAGCCACCUCCACGACCACGUCUGCCUCUUCCAGCGGGGAGCCUGAGGUCAAGAGGUCCCGGAUAGAGGAGCCCAGUGGGACAGCCGCCCCGCAGCCCACGGCCCUGGCAGCCGCCGGCCCUCAGGGCCCGGGGACCGGCGAGUGAACUGGCCUCGGGAAGGUGGAGCGGGACUCACGCCACAGGAGCGCACCGGCGGCUGCACCACGGACCGACCCGGAGAGAGGCUCACAGCGACCUGCCACACGCACGUGCAACGAGGGUGGCCGCCAUACUCGGACAAUUUCCUUUUUAUCUCCUGUCCUCCCAAGGUUUGAAACAAACACAUAAACACGUUCAGACAACUUGAUUGUACGAAUCUGGGGGUUCUGUGUGUGUUUUUUGCCCCUCCCUCAUGCCAUCGCCUCUCCCCAGUUGUUGUGGGAGAAGGCCUAGCCCAGCUCCUCAGGAACCCAUCCCAGCCAGCACCCACAAGAAGAGCCCGCACCCAGGACUGGGCAGAAGCGCAGCGCAGACCGAGGCUGCUGUCUCUGGGAGCCGGUCCGCAGACUUCCUGUUUCUCACUGUGGGGAAGAGACCAGAGGACGACGAGACCCUCCCAGCCACAGGCUGGGUCACAGAGCCCACUCCCCAAAAGUGACAGAGCUGCGGCAUUGAUUGGGCUCACGGAGGUCUGCUUUGGCUUUGGACCCUAAAUAUUUCUUUCAGUUAAACGUGGAAUUUGGCCUCAUCUCAGAUCUGAGACCCACGGAAGGGGCCACGUGUCUUUGGAUCCCCGGUGGAAGCCAGCUGAGGGACGACAGGCCCGGGCGCACACCCACAGCAGCCCUGUAAACAUGCCGCUCUCCCCGAUAACUCCAAGAAGGACUGGCACGGCUCCCACGCUGAUGUUGCAAAGUGCUUCCGGUGGGGAACCGGCCCAGGGUCAGUGCCCAUGGCGUCCAUUCCCACAGCCCUGGCAGAGCCCAAAGCCGCAAGCUGCAGUGGAUGUCCAGGAAACCGGGCAGCUCCAGGGGGUGUCGGCCAGCCCCUUGCUCAGCAGGGAGGAUGUUGGCGUGUGCCCUCGGACAACAGCAGCGGGUACGCCCCUGUGUUCCUGGCAGGCAGCGAGGGACUGUGAGGUGCGCUGCUCCCCCCCCCCCCCCACAUUCCAGUUUUCCUGAGCGCCCGAAGACCUGUCCAGUGUGAACAUGGAAACCCUCUCUUCUGCCGAAGCCGGGGGUCCGUGACUGUUAUCCACCGGAAGGGAAACUACCUCUCCGGACAGCUGUUGGUGCCAAGUUUGAUCCCAGUGUGGCAAGAACCAAAGUGUGAGGGUCAUGCGAGGACUCCGACUCCCAGGGACGGCCCCUUUGUAUGCCCAGACAAGCUGCCAGCAGCACUUUAACACCAGGCCACUUGAGCCGGAGACAGUGAGUGUUUCCCUUGGCCUGGGCAUGAGAGUUGGUUUCGCAGAAGCAGUGGAAGCAGCUGCGAGACAGGAGACUCCAGGAACUCAGCGCUGGUCCUCCUGGAGGGCGGGCCUCGGACUCCAACAGCGGACAGAGCCCGUGAGCGAAGAGCAGCGGAUCUCAGCGGGGCCUCAGCCGGACAGCCUGCUGGAAGGGCUGGCAGGCUUCGACCUGGAGGCUGUGGUCGUGGGAGGCCGCCAGUCCCCACACAUCAGGGAUAAGUGCGGAGCCCGCCUCUCUGGAGCUCGCUUCCAGGCUCCCCAGCCGGUCCUUUCUGUAGUCCCAAACCUCAAGCUGGAAGGAAGCUGUGCUCUGAAGGCCUCCUGCCGGUUGCCUCGGACAGAGAAGUUGGGCUGGGGUGAUGGUGGGGGAGGGUUUGUGGGUGGAGCUGCCCCUUGGAGUGGGCAAAGGGCUGUCUCCCACAUCUCCUCUUUGUACCUGGCAUGAGCAUGUUCUCUCUGUGUGCCUGGUGUGAGCAUGGGGUUAGAAAAGUACAAAUGAGGUGGGUCUCUGAGUUGCUUUGGGGUCUGGAGUGACAAGGGAUGUUGAUACCACCUGCUGGUCUUCCGCUCCAUCAGGUUCCCCAUCAUUUACUCCAGGCCUGUGCAUGGCUACCCUCCAAGGCAGAUAAGAUUGUGUGUGGAUUGUCAUGGUAGGCGCCAUGUGUGGCCCCUGCAUGGAACUGUGGGUCACCGUGCCAUCACAUCUGUCAUCAGGUCCCCUCAGUCUGGCCCUGAACAGUUUGCUCUCCUGGGUCCUGAAACAUCCACCCUCUGUUGCAGACCCUCUUACCUCAGCAUGUGUGCGGAAGGAUGUGGAAGGAAGAGUGGGUCACACAACUGUCCCAAUGUCCUGCGUGGCCUUAAGGCAGAGGAUCCUGAGCCCCUGGUUGGACAGCCUGAGCUAGAACGGGAGGCUAGCCUGGUGCCGCUGCCUCAGGAAGUAGGUUGGCCAUCUAGUGGACAGCACCCCAGCUCAGACCCAAAGUAGCCCGUGCUCAGAGCAGGAAUGCACAGCUAGCCGGAGCGUGCCCCUGUGAGCUCCGAGCCACCAAGUGGAGAUCAGCUAAGCCGUCUGUGGAAGCCAGAGCUUGGAUCAGGAGCCAGGAGAGUCAUCAUUGUGAGGACCGUGGCUGGGAGCCCUGGGUUCAGGCACAGAUGAGAAGCCGGGGGCCUGUGGCUCAGAGCCCUCCAGGGCUCCCGUCUCUGGCAGGGCUUCAUCGCUUCAUCGGAGCUUGUCUUGCUUUGUUAAGUGUUCCCUGGUAGACCAGGUGUCUGCUGUCCACACCUUGACUCUCUCUGACUUUCGUAUCUGGCACUUCCUAGACUCAGAGGCUGCAAGCUUGUAAGAAGUCACCAUGGCAACUGGAGGUGGAGAGACCCCUGCCUGCCUUCUCACGCUGCUCCUUCUCCCUACCCUUCCCCUCUCCCUUCCUUCCUCUAUUUCUCCCUUCCUUUUUCUAUUCCUGCCCCCCCCCCUCGCCUCUUCUAUCUCCCCCACACACUCCCUCAGCUUUCAGUCCAGCAUCCAGGGCUCAUAAGCAUGUCUGUCCUUAGCUCUUGGUGCCUUGCCUCUGUGUAAGAUGGGCUGUCCGGCUCACCGUCCAUGAGGAAGUUCUGCAGAUCCUUCCCCUGCACUGUAGGCCCCCACCCCUGUCCCACGGCUCUCCCUGCCCCCCGACAGGCUGCCAGGGAUUGAGGUAACAGGCAACCACUCAUCUUCCCUCUGAAAGGGGGAGUGGCCUUCUGCAACCCUGUGGGAGAGCUGAAGGUGGGUACAGCCAGGUGACAGGGGCAGUGUCUUCCUUGGUAGAGGUGAGGGGGCCCCUCUGCACAGGGAUUAGACAGAGCAAGGUGGGGUUAGGUAAGCACAAGAAGGAAACCGUAGAGAUGAGCAGGUGGUGGGGUGGACUGUGAGGAAUUACUAUUCCUCAAGAACCUCACGGUCUGCGUUGCUCUCCCCAACCUGCUCAGCCAGCCCGACUCUCCCCACAUGAAUAGCUCAGUGCCUGCUUAGAAUAAUUCAGAAAGGAACACGAGCCUUUGUUCUAGUGAAAGAUCCCUCGUGUGUGGGGAGCACCACAUCCAGAUCGCUAGCGGGGAAGUCACAGAUGGCCACAGGGUAGCCCCUUGCUUUGGCUCAGGGUGACAGAGCGGUCACCUGUGUCCUGGCCUCCAGUCUCAGAAUACCUCUGUUUAGAAGCAAUACCAUAAAGGGUAAGUCAGGUUGUUCCAAAGAUCGACGCCUCAGGUACCAGCUUCCCCCGAGACGGCCCUCUCAGUGCACUGUGGCUUGGGGAUGAGGGUGGGGUGAAGAACCCCACACAGAACAGACAGUAGCCAAGGCUCUCCGCCGGCCUCAGUCCUCUUCCACCUUUCAUCUUGUGGCUUCCCUGCUCCAGGCCUUGGGUUCAGGGUGGCUCUUGUCCCACCUACUUGUUGGGCUCUGUUUUUUGUUUUGUUUUGUUCGCUUUGUUUUUUGUUUGUUUGUUUUUGCUUGAUUUUUUUCUUUUUUCUUUUUUUUUUUUUUUUUUUUUUUUUUUUUGUCUUGUUUCUUCCUGUGCCAGAGGUUAAACUCAGGGCCUCUCACAUGCUUGCUGAGCUGCACUCCCAGCCCUUUUGAUUUUUAUUUUUUUUAAGCUUGAGACGGAGCCAUACAAAGCUGCCCCGGCUGGCCUUGAACUCGCGCUUGAAUUGCAUGAAUUGCUGGAGUGACAGGCCUAUGUACCACCACGGCCCGGUGCUGCUCAUAGUUUGUUUUUUGUACCAAAAGCUGCUACAUUGGUGACACAGAGCAGGGUGUGACCUGGCUGCCCCCACAGACUGGCACGUGGCACCCGCUUCCUAAGGCUUGUGGUUUGAACAAUUUGGGACUGUCCAAGAAACUGUCGUUCUUGGAGUUGCUGCUUCCCUUUCUCUGGUUGCCCCUCUCGCCAACCCCCUCAGGGACAGCCGCUUCGCAUGUGGACUUUUUUGACCCAACCACAGGUGUUUCCUUUGAAGUAAAGCACAGACCCGUUUCACUGACUUUGUUUAGGGGAAAUAGUUUUCUACUCAUGUUUUAAAACACAAAAGCUCUUCGAGUGUUUCUGGCUGCUGGUCCUACCUGCUCCUCUGUUCCCCCCCCCCCCG